AUAUGCUUCUUUGAAAUGCGAGCGCCAGUAGAUUUCUUGAAAUCGUGAUGCCCCCUACUUGACUUGAGUUAACAUUUCUCGAUUGUGUUGUGUGUCAAGCCCCUCGCCAUUCUCUGGGUUGAUACGUAGCUACCCCGAAAGGUCUGUGCAUACAUUGCACACAUUAUCGAGUCCAUCUGACCGAGGAGGUCCGAAAAUCAAGAUUCCACAAUGACAGCUUCAAAAGAAGGAGAGGAGGACUUUGUGCAAUUAAGCCCUGAAUCGAGGAACUACAAAGGAAUAGCCAUCUCCCUGCUGGUCAUAGUGGCAGUUUGCUCCCUCAUCACAAUGUCUGUCUUUGUUCUCACACCAGUGGAACUUCCUGGUGCGGCUAACUCCAGACUUACUGUGCUGGACCUGUUCAAGCCAGAGUUCUCGGUGCACGAUCCUGAGGCCAGGUGGAUAAGUGAUUCAGAGGUUUUGUACAGGAACCGAGACGGCCACGUCAUCAAGUUCAACUUUGCUUUAAACGAAACAGAAAUGAUCCUGAGAAAUAGCACGUUUGUGUCUUUCAAAGUUGCCAAAUAUUCUCUCUCUCCAGACAUGAAAUAUGUGCUAUUUGCUUACGAAGUGAAACAGGUGUAUAGACAUUCCUAUACUGCAGCGUACAUUGUUUACAACAUCCACACAAGGGAGGUGUGGGAGUUGAAUCCUCCGGAGGUCCAGAAUGCAGUGCUCCAGCAUGCAGCGUGGGGUGUGAAGGGACAGCAGCUGAUCUACAUCUUUGAAAACAACAUCUAUUACCAAUCAGAUGUGCAGAGCAAUUCUCUUAGAAUUACUUCGUCGGGAGAGGAAGGAGUCAUAUUUAAUGGAAUCGCUGACUGGCUGUAUGAAGAGGAGAUUCUGCAGUCACACAUAGCACACUGGUGGUCACCUGACGGAGAGAGACUGGCCUUCCUCAUGAUCAACGAUACCCUGGUACCUACCAUGUUCCUGCCCCGGUUCACUGGCAGCCCCUACCCCAGGUCACAGGAGUACCCAUACCCCAAGGCUGGCCAGCCCAACCCUACAGUCAGGCUGUUGGUGGUGAACCUGUACGGUCCCACACACACUCAGGAGCUGGUACCACCUGAUGGCCUGAGAGGAAGAGAACACUAUGUGAGUAUGGUGAAGUGGAUCAGCAACACCCAUGCAGCAGUUCGAUGGCUCAACCGGCCCCAGAAUGUGUCCUUCCUCACUGUGUGUGACGCCACCGUCGGAUCCUGUGUACAGAAACAUGAGGAAGCUUCAGAUCUCUGGCUCACCAGACAGAACCAGAAGCCAGUGUUUUCAAAGGACAGGAGCAGGUUUUUCCUGACCAUACCGGUGAAGCAGGGGGGACAAGGAGACUUCCAUCAUAUUGCCAUGUUCACCAAAUCGUUCAGAAGUGAUCAAAAUGAUGUCCGUCACUUGACGUCAGGCAACUGGGAGGUGACCAAGAUAUUAGCUUAUGAUGAGGGGGAGCAAACCAUAUAUUUUAUCAGUACUCAAGACUCCCCACAAAAGAGACACGUGUACAGUGCAUCUACUAUUGGUCUGUUCUCUCAACGAUGUUUGACCUGUGAGGUGAACCAGGAAGCAUGCGCGUUCUUUGAUGCAGACAUCAGCCCGAACAAACAGCAUGUUAUUCUACAGUGUAAAGGUCCCGGUGCUCCAUCUGUGAUGCUGCAGAGUUUUAAUGAUGUAAACACUUACUUUAUAUUGGACAACAACAUGCCUCUGAGAGCUGCCUUGGAAAUGAAAAAGAUCUCUAAGUCAGAUGUCAGGGUUAUUCCAAGUGAAGACUUUGAGCUGCCUUUGAAACUCACCUAUCCACUUGACUUUUCUGAAUCUCUUCUCUAUGGCCUUCUUUUGAUUGUUGAUGGUGGGCCUGGCAGUCAGUCGGUGAGUGAUGAGUAUGAGCUGGGUUGGGACUCGGUGCUGGUAAGUUGUGAUGAGGUGAUCGUGGCCAGGCUGGACGGCAGGGGGACAGGCUUCCGGGGCCUGAGAGUCCUGCAGCAGGUCCACCAGCGCCUGGGUACCGUGGAUGUUCAGGACCAGAUAGCUGCACUGGAAUACUUGAUGACACUCCCAUACAUUGACCGCGCGCGGAUCGGAAUCUACGGAAAGGGAUACGGUGCUUACCUCACCUUGAUGCUUCUGAGGUCCACUGCGCUGAUUAAGUGUGCAGCUGCUAAUUCCCCAGUGGUUGACUGGAAACUUUAUGCUUCAGCAUUUUCAGAGCGAUACUUUGGCCUGACGUCAAAGAACGACAACAGAUAUCAAGUUUCUAGAGUACUUCCAAAUAUGAAAGGGUUGCAAGGAAACAUGAUGAAAGGACCGCAAGGACCGGAUUUUCUGUUGAUUCAUGGAACCGCUGAUGCAAAUGUUCAUUUCCAACAUUCAGCAGAGUUGAUUAAGCACUUGAUCAAAAUUGGAGCGAACUACACAAUGCAGCUCUACCCAGAUGAGGGCCACUUCCUGUCCCUGCAGAGCCAGAAGCACCUGUCUGAGUCCCUGGUUGGCUACUUCAGAACAUGUUUUCAGGACUUCAGCACACCGCUACCUGAGGAGAUAGGGAAAGAGGAUGAUGACUGACAGGGUUGGGGUUAAACGAUGACUGACUGGUUUAGGGAUAGAUGAUGACUGACAGGGCUAGGUUUAGAUGGUGACUGACAGGAGGACGUGCAGGCGGGCCAUGUGUGGAUCUGGGAUCGCUUAUGUUGAAGCAGUACAAUGACUGCUCUGCCCUCGCGAGGGAUGUUUGCUGUUGAUUAGGUGUCCAAUGUAGGCAAGACAUACAGUUGAAAUUGGAAGUUGACAUACACUUAUGUUGGAGUCAUUAAAACUUGUUUUUCAACCACUACACAAAUUUCUUGUUAAUUAACAAACUAUAGUUUU